CACUCUCUCUCUUCCCAAAACACUACAAUCCACUCUACGUUGCGUAACUUCACCAAAUUCACAUGCAAAAUCAAACUCAUCUUCAUUUCAUUUUUAUCAUCUUAUACACAUUUAUAUUUUUACUCUUUCUUCAUUUUCCAACACUUACAAACCAUGUGCUCUUCACUGUCACAUAUUAACCCUACCCUCUCACUCUCUCUUUGAUUCAUCACUCUCUCAUGGUUCUUACUCUUCAUCAUCAACCAUGCCCACCUUCUCCUCUCUCCCUAGGUGGAUUGGUGGAAAAUUCUUGGGAAGGAAUCCUAGCAACACAAUCAACAACGUUGGUGACAGCAGUGAUGACCCUGGAGUUGCCGUCAUAGCAGACGACAACCCAGUCAUCAGCAUGGUGGAGUGUUACGCCUGCACACAAGUCGGUGUGCCAGUGUUCCACUCCACCAGCUGUGCAGAUAGCUGUCACCAACCCGAAUGGGAAGCGUCCGCCGGUUCCUAUCUGGUUCCAAUCCAAAACCGUCCCGGAAAAUUCGCAAGAGCAGUAUCAAAGCCAAAUUGGGGAGUUUUAGGCAAAGUAUUAGAUCCAAGAAGCAAGCGCGUGCAAUUAUCCAACCGCGCGUUGUUGUUGGCGCGUGGGGUAGCUUUAGCGAUUGAUCCGUUGUUUUUCUACGCGCUGUCUAUAGGGAGAGAAGGGUCGCCGUGUUUGUAUAUGGACGGUGGUUUAGCGGCGGUUGUUACGGUGGCGCGUACGGUGGUUGAUGCGGUGCAUUUGUUUCAUGUUUGGUUGCAGUUUAGAUUAGCUUAUGUUUCGAGAGAAUCACUUGUUGUUGGAUGUGGGAAACUCGUGUGGGACGCACGUGCCAUUGCUUCUCAUUAUAUGAGAUCUUUCAAAGGUUUUUGGUUUGAUGUUUUUGUUAUUCUUCCUGUUCCUCAGGUUGUGUUUUGGCUUGUAGUACCAAAAUUGAUAAGAGAAGAGAGAAUUAAAAUCAUUAUGACAACAUUGCUAUUGAUUUUUUUGUUCCAAUUUCUCCCUAAGGUUUACCAUAGCAUAAGUAUGAUGAGAAGAAUGCAAAAAGUCACAGGCUACAUCUUUGGCACCAUUUGGUGGGGAUUUGGACUCAAUCUCAUUGCUUAUUUCAUUGCUUCGCACGUUGCUGGAGGGUGUUGGUAUGUUCUUGCGAUUCAACGCGUUGCAUCAUGCCUUCAACAGCAAUGUGAAAGAACUAUUGGAUGCAAUCUUUCUCUGGCAUGUUCGGAGGAGGUAUGCUAUAAGUCUUUGUUACCAGAAACAAUUGGAAAUCCAUGUGGUGGAAACUCAACGAUGAUGUCGAAGCCUGUGUGCUUAGAUAUUGAUGGACCUUACAAAUAUGGGAUUUACCAAUGGGCACUUCCAGUCAUAUCCAGCAAUUCCUUGGCUGUCAAGAUUCUUUAUCCCAUUUUUUGGGGUUUGAUGACCCUCAGCACUUUUGGAAAUGAUCUUGAACCCACAAGUAACUGGCUAGAAGUGAUUUUUAGCAUCUGCAUUGUACUCAGUGGACUGUUACUUUUCACUUUGUUGAUCGGAAACAUCCAGGUAUUCCUACAUGCAGUCAUGGCAAAGAAGAGAAAGAUGCAGCUGAGAUGCCGAGACAUGGAAUGGUGGAUGAGGAGGAGGCAGUUGCCGUCUCGAUUAAGACAAAGAGUUCGGCAUUUUGAACGUCAGAGAUGGGCAGCCAUGGGAGGAGAAGAUGAGAUGGAACUGAUCAAAGACUUACCUGAGGGUUUGAGGAGAGACAUCAAGCGCCAUCUUUGCUUGGACCUCAUUAAAAAGGUACCAUUGUUUCACAACUUGGAUGAUCUUAUUCUUGACAACAUCUGUGACAGGGUGAAGCCUCUAGUCUUCUCUAGAGAUGAAAAGAUAAUUAGAGAAGGUGAUCCUGUACCAAGGAUGGUGUUCAUUGUUCGCGGACGCAUAAAGCGAAACCAAAGUCUAAGCAAAGGCAUUGUCGCGACUAGUGUCCUCGAACCAGGAGGUUUCUUAGGCGAUGAACUACUUUCUUGGUGCCUUAGACGUCCUUUUAUUGACCGGCUUCCAGCUUCUUCGGCCACAUUUGUUUGUCUUGAAUCAACUGAAGCAUUUGGUCUUGAUGCUCAAAACUUGAGGUACAUAACCGAUCAUUUCCGGUACAAAUUCGCAAAUGAGAGGCUAAAGAGAACGGCAAGAUACUACUCGUCGAAUUGGAGAACAUGGGCUGCGGUUAAUAUUCAACUUGCUUACAGACGUUACAGGCAGAGGACUCGAGGUCCAGUGACUCCUGUAAGGGAUAAUGGAGGCACUGAGCGUAGGCUCAUGCAGUAUGCUGCAAUGUUCAUGUCAAUUAGGCCACAUGAUCAUCUUGAAUGAUAAGGGUUUGUGAAUGCAAUAGAAAGAAGUUUGAACUCUCCACAGCAAUAUCACAACCACAAUUUCGACCACAUCGGCCAUAUAUUUCUCCAUUCUGCGGCAAUAUAAAGAUUCUCAGCACAGCCGCGACUGCAAUUGCAAUUUAAAACCGUGUGAUAAACUUGAGUCCAUGAUUGAUAUUAUUUUUAUUUAUUUGAUUUUUUAUUUGGGGUUAUCGAUCCUCGAUGAAUUUUAUGUGAAAAUAAAACCUUCAGACCUUUGAAAUUGCUAUUUUAAAAUUGUGAAAUCAUUCAUGAUAUGUAUAAAAAAAGAGAGAAAAAUAGUGAUUCAGGAAUCAUUGAAUUCCUGUUAAUUCAUUUUGUA